UCAUCUCUGUGCUCUUUGUCUCCUCGCGCGCAUGCCCUUCCUUUCUCCAUCCUCAUCUUUGCCCUAAUUCAUCGUUCGGGACUACUUCCAUCGCAAUUCCGCCGGAAAUUCACUCUUUCUCCAGUCCCACACCUCUCGGCAAACUUUCUUUCUAGUAAGAGUUAAAACCAGUGGUUGCACAUUCAAGUGGUGAUGGCUAAUGUAGAAACCAUUCCUGGAAAUGUGUUGAAUGAUCCUGCCCAGCAGCCUACAAAACCACGUAUCCUCUUGGCUGCUUCAGGAAGUGUUGCUGCAAUCAAAUUCGAAAGCCUAUGCCGAAGCUUUCUAGAAUGGGCAGAAGUUCGAGCAGUGGCUACCAAGUCAUCUUUGCAUUUUGUGGACAAAGCAUCACUGCCAAAGGAUGUUGUUCUUUACACAGAUGAUGAGGAAUGGUCCAGUUGGAAAAAGAUAGGAGACGGAGUGCUGCAUAUUGAGCUCCGGAAAUGGGCAGAUAUAAUGGUGAUUGCACCUCUAUCAGCCAAUACUCUGGCCAAGAUUGCAGGUGGAUUGUGCGACAACCUGCUGACAUGUAUCGUGCGAGCAUGGGACUACAGCAAGCCUCUGUUUGUCGCUCCAGCCAUGAACACCUUCAUGUAUAACAACCCUUUCACGAAACGUCAUCUCGAAGUAAUUUCCGAGCUCGGUAUAUCACUGAUACCACCGAUCACAAAGAGGUUGGCUUGUGGCGAUUAUGGAAACGGUGCCAUGGCGGAACCUACGGUGAUCUAUACAACUGUGAGACUCUCUUUCGAGCCCCGAUCAACAAAUGGUGGCAGCUAACCCUUUCCGUCUUUUUGAUCAUUCCAAGUUUUUUUGGUCAUAUAGCACUAAAAUCCUUACAAAUCAUGAAUUCUUGUGCUGCCACUAACAUGAACUUGAUGAUAACAUUGAUCGAAGUGAUUUUCUCGGUUGUGUUUUGUUUGAUGCUGAAAAAUUGUGAAAGUGAUUGUAACUUGUGGGUGUUAUUAACAUGAAUAAAUAUGUUUGACCAUUGUUUUAGAGCAA